CGAUGAAAUAAAAACUUCGCAUCCAUCUAUCUCCAUGCGGUGCCCAACCCCAACUGGGUUUUCCAUCAUGGCCGCCACCGGCGACCAACUCGCCGCGGUGCGCGUACGCGGCCGAGCCUCCGUCCGCGUCAACCCCUCCUUUUUCUCUCCCAAUACCGCCUCAUCCACCUCAUCUCCCUCUUCGGCGCAUCCAAUGUUCGGCGUCUUCUGUAAGGGACAGCAAAUGUUGAUCGCCGACGAGAUGGUAGGCCUUGCCGACGGAGACCCCGGAACGCCGGUGCUAGCGGUGGCCGUGUGCGGGCCGCAGGGAGAUGUUGUGGUCGGGGGGCACAAACCCGCGUCAGGAUUUGUGAGCGGGCACGACGGCGGCGGCGGCGAUGUCGGACAGGUGCUGCUGGAGGCGAUGGCGCUCGUGGAGGGCCUCCGUACCGCGAUCAGGAUGGGCAUCACCAGCGUCAAGGCCUUCACCGAUCACAGGCUGCUGUACAACUGUAUGGUUGGGCUUUCUCGUCCAGCAGGUGACGAGCAGCUUGCAGAUAUGAUCAGCCAGGCUCUGUCAGCACAAAAGCAAUUCGAGCGAUGCGAGAUAUCACUUGCUGAGCAAGGCCAAGUCGGCAACGCUGUGAAGCUAGCAAAGGAGGUGGAACUGGAGGCGGAGAUCGGCAGGUACCUCUCCACAACAAAGGAGAGAACGGAGACAUGCAGGAUCUGCCUGGAGGACGUGGACAGCAGGAAGAUGCACGCGGUGGAAGGCUGCGCGCACCGCUUUUGCCUCGUCUGCAUGAAGACGCACAUGAAAAUGAGGCUACUCGGCGGGCUGGCCCCGCGCUGCCCGCAGCCUGGUUGCGCGACCAAGCUCGGCGCGGAGGGCGCAGCAGCGUUGCUGUCGCCACGGCUUGUGGGGAUGAUGGCGCAGCGGCGGCUGAAGGAGGAGGAGGAGGAGGAGCAGAUGAGUAUCCACCCGAGCCUGAGGGUGUACUGCCCGUACCCGAGGUGCUCGGCGCUGAUGCCCCUGAGCGAGGUGCUGCGAGGGUCGCUGAGCCCAGAGUACCCUGCGACGUUCAGGGAGUGCGCGGAGUGCGGAGGGCCCAUGUGCGUGGAGUGCAAGGUGCCGUGGCACGGGCCGUUGAGCUGCCCCGAGUACCGGAGGCGGUACCCCCACGGUGGCGGCCCUGAGGACGUGGCGCUCCAGAAGCUUGCGAGGCAGCGGCUGUGGCAGCGGUGCGAGAGCUGCCACCACAUGAUUGAGCUCGCCGUGGGUUGCGCCCACAUUAUCUGCGUGUGCGGUAGUCAUCUGUGCUACAGAUGUGGGAAGGCACUAGCGGAUGAUGGAAGGUGCGGCUGCAGCGGAUUGGCAGAUGGCAGGAGACCAUGGUAUUUCCGGCUGCCAGCAUGCUGGGGAGGCAGAGGCACGCGUCGUUAGCUAGCUUUGCUUGGACUGGAUUAGUUUAUUUAUUUAUUUAUUUCGUGCUAUUCUCAGAGUAGCUAGGUUCAGGAUUAUUCAGUUAGGGCAUGGGAGAUAAAUAAACAAUUGCUGAAAAUAACAGCUUUAUGGUGCUCUCAAAAGAGUUGGUCGUUGGGCUGCUAAAACCUAGCCGAUCGAGCUUGGCAGGAA